AUGAUAAAUAACAAUAUGUUUUUAGGAAAACCCGUGCAUCGUCCAAAUGAACCUGGUAAAAUAAAACCACAACCAAGUACAACAAAAUGUCAAAAACGUGUAUUAAAAGGCUCUCCUCCUCGUCUUUGGAAAAAAUUCUCAUCUAAGCCAUCGCAGUCUAAUGAAUUAAUUACAUUUUAUCUAAUUAUAAAACAAGACCAAAAAGCACGAAAGAAAUUAGAAUCAUUAUUUUGGAAGGUUACCAAUCCCGACAGCAGUGAAUAUCAACAAUGGUUAACACGUUCACAAAUCAAUACAAUUCUUAAACCUAACACUGAAGCCUUGAAUGCAAUCAAACGUUGGAUUGAAAAGGAAUCUUUUACAUCUGUAAACUUUAUUGGAGAUGAUACAAUUAAGAUUACAAUAACAGUUGAACAAGCAUCAAAAUGUUUUUCAAGUGAAUUUCAUCCUUAUAAAAAUUCUAACACAGGACGAACUAUUCAUCGAACCUUUAAUGACAUUUGUUUGCCAGAUGAAAUAAGCGAACAUGUUGAGUUUCAUCUCGGAUUGAAUGAUUUUCAACUGAUUCAUAAAAAACCUUCUAAAUCACAUGAAACAAUUCCUUCCACUGCAUUUGAUGAGUCACCCAGUGAUACAACAACAAUUGUUACGACAACCGAUGCAAUUGUGACAAUACCCUACAUUAUUCCACAGUUUCUCAAAAAAUACUAUAACAUUCCAGAAGCUUCAAAAAAUGAAUUAUCCUCAGUGGUCUCACAAGGAGUACUAGAAUUUCUUGGUCAAUAUUAUAGUGAACAAGAUUUACUUUUGUAUGCAAAAUUACUUGAGUUACCAAUUAAACCUCUGAAGAAAAAUCAUAUUCGUGGAUAUAAUAAUCAAUCGGAUCCAGGCUUCGAAACAAUGUUUGAUAUUGGUCAAAUGUCUGGUUUAAAUCCUUCAGCUGACACUUGGUAUUUCAACUAUAAUACGUACUUUAAUGAUUCAGGGCUUGGUGAAAAUUUCUUCUCAAUUGCACUUCUACUAAAUCAAUUGGAUGAUAUACCACAAGUUCUAUCUAUUUCGUACUAUGAACCUGAAACAGGCAUAUGUUCAAGUGUUAGCGACUGUGAUAAUAAGAUCAUGGACGCAUCUAAGAAAUACAUAGAUCGUACAAAUCUUGAAUUUAUGAAACUAGGAAUGAGAGGCAUCACACUUUUAGCCGCAAGUGGUGAUUAUGGAGCGAAUGGUGUUGAAGUAAAUGGUGAAACUGUAAAUUGCACAAAUAAAGUGUUCUAUCCUUUAUAUCCAGGCACCUCUUCAUUCGUCACAUCAGUUGGAGGAACUGAAUUAAUCAAUAUGAUGUACGAAACAUUGCCAGAUCAACCAUCGAUUUGUCUCGAUAAGAUAGCAUCGGUUGCUUGUGUAUCAGAUGGUGAUGAAGUCGCUCUUAUUUAUAAUGAUACUGGUUGCGCUAGUGGUGGUGGAUUCUCUACUGUUAUGGCCCAACCAUCGUAUCAAAAAGAUGUUGUUAAUCGGUAUUUUCAGGAAAGCCAAUGUCAAAAUAGUGAACUUCCAAAAGAGUAUCCUCCAUCAUCAAUGUACAAUCGACAUGGGCGUGCUUUUCCAGAUGUGGCUGCACUUGGUAUAAACGGUUUUACUGUGUUAAACGGUGCUCUCCGUCAAGCAAGUGGUACGAGUAUGGCAGCACCAAUAUGGGUUGGUAUUGUUUCAAUUCUAAAUUCAUAUUCGAUAAAUAUAACAAAUCGAACAUUAGGUUUUCUCAAUCCAUUGUUAUACAAGAUGGCCAAAGAAUGUCCAAAGUGUUUUAAAGAUAUAACAUCAGGAGAUAACAUAUGUUCGGAAGACACCUGCAGUGAUCAGUGUAAAGGUUUUCAAACUAGUUGUGGUUGGGAUCCGGUAACAGGACUCGGUACUCCAAAUGUUGGAAAGAUGUUGAAAUAUAUAAAAAAGUUAUUGAAAAAGAAGAUGAAGGAAACCAACAAUUACCACGAAGAGUAA